AUGAGUCACUCGUCGUCACCGAAUAGGAGCUCCUCAAUAUUUGGGUGGGCAAAAAGUUUGAGGCGAUCACAUUUGCUAUCAAACGAGUCUAUAGACGAGAUAACUGAUACCGAUUCAAUGUCGAGGUUUUCCCCAUCAAAGCUGAUAAACACACUUCACAUACCAGUAAUUUCGGGCUCACCGUCAGCGUCAAAUGCACAGAAUCCUCAAAGUAGUCAGUUGCAGCUGCAACCGCCUUUGCAGCAACUGCAACUUCUACAGCAGCAACCACAAGCACAGCCUCAACGGAGUCCACUUAAUAUACCUGGUCGUAGCAAUUCAACUAGUCUGCACGGAAAAGGCAUGUCAAACAUUGAUCCUAACUCUCCUAGUUUCACUAAUAGUUUAUUACAACAGCAGCAGAACCUUCAAUCGAGUUUCCCAACGUCAAGUUAUCUAGGCACUUCGCCGACAACUUCUUCCAGUCAUGUUGACUAUUUGAGACCGCUUCUCAACCACAAGCUGAGGUCCACCAAUAACGUUUCACGUGUCCGUUCCAACUCAGAAACAAGUAUUCGGAAUCAUAGAGACUCUUUUCUACAAACCAAUUCCUUAGUUGAAGAAAACUCGAAGUACUUUGGUGUACCAUUACAGAAGGCAUUAGAUGAGGCUUCUGCCAAAAUUUCUAUUUUGACUGGAGAACAGUCUGAUGGUUUGCAAUAUGGGCAGAUCCCUAUAGUUGUUGCCAAAUGCGGUGUUUAUCUAAAGAAAAACGGAUUGACUGUGGAAGGAAUAUUCAGAGUAGGAGGUUCUUCAAAAAGAUUGAAAGAAUUGCAAGUAAUAUUCAAUACUCCGCCUUUGUUUGGGAGGAAAUUGAACUGGGACGGUUAUACGGUGCAUGAUGCCGCUUCAAUAAUGAGGCGGUAUUUGAAUGCAUUACCGGAGCCUUUGAUUCCUUUGGAUAUGUAUGAAGAAUUUAGAGCGCCUUUAAAGGAGCGGCCGCGAAUUAUUAGCUAUAUGAAAUAUAAAGCAGAAAACCCGUCCAAGGGAAUCAAACAAAGGAGUGUCAGAAGUGCCAGCGACGUAACUGACUCAUCUCGGGCAUUGACAGAAGCAAAUACGGGACAUCCCAAUGGGUCAAAUGCAGUUGUUGUAAACCAGGAAAGCGUAGAGAAAGACUCGCUAUCAUCACCACCAACAGAAUCAGAAUCAGCAUUAGCAUUAGCAUCAGCAUCAGCAUCAGCAUCAGCAUCAGUACACCCACAAUCAUCACUACCGCCACCAGCACCCGCACCCGCACCUCAAGUACAACCCAAUAUUUCAACUUCACAGACUAACGGAGAAGACAUGAUCUCUAAAGAAAAGAAGAAAUCCAAAAAUUACAGGAAAUUGGCCCGUGAAGUUCAUUCGGGGAUAAGUCGAUACAAGGAAUUACUUGACAAACUACCCACUGCUUCAAAACAGUUAUUAUUCUAUAUAUUGGACUUGUUAGCUAUGGUUCAAAACCACCUGAAGGAAAACUUGAUGAGCGCAAGAAAUCUUGCAGCUAUAUUUCAACCACUGAUUUUAUCUCAUCCAGACCAUGAUCUUGAUCCGGAUGAAUAUGCGUUAUCCCAGUUUAUUGUUGAGUUUUUGAUUCACUAUGCUUAUAAGUUAUUACCGACACACGAUAAAGCGCUAUCUUCAACGAGCUCUCUUCCAGGACCAAUACCUUUAAUGCCAUCCCAGGUAGUUUCUUCUUCCGCUGAUGCACAAGAAUCUAAUGGGGACAGUUCAACUAAUGUACCAAGUUUUACAAAGGAACAGGAACUAGAAGAGGAAGAGGAACAAGCACAAAUACAAACUAUGCAACAGCAGCAACAACAACAACAACAGCAGCAGCAGCAGCCCGAGUUCCCACGAAAAUAUUCCAAAAGUUUGAGUUCGGCAGCAAACCAUGAUGAUAUGGUAGUUGGCUACCAGCACAAUAUGACGGCGUCAAUACCGUACGAGUCUGAUAUGGAGUAUGGUAUAUCUGAUGAGAACGAACUAAGCUCUGACGUUGACGACUUGUACUUUCAGCAAAUAAGGCUAAAUAAUGGCGGUAGCCCAUUAAAAAAUCUAAGGUCUUCUUUUGAACAUAAACCAGAAGCUGUUUCUUUGAAAAAUGAUGAUAAUCCUGUUGCUAUCGUUGUUACUGGUCCUCUGAAUACUUCAGUUCCAAAGGAAGAAUAG